GCGCACAUUUGUAGGUGUCCAGUCCUGAGUUUUGCUUUAGCGCCUUGUUUAGCCUAAUCGUGAUUUAAAAACAAGUUUAUUAGUGGUUAGAGAUGGCCGCUAGAUAUGAUAGAGCUAUAACUGUAUUUUCCCCUGAUGGACAUCUGUUUCAAGUGGAAUAUGCGCAAGAAGCAGUGAAGAAAGGCUCCACUGCGGUGGGCAUCCGAGGGAAAGAUAUUGUCGUUCUGGGUGUUGAAAAAAAGUCCGUAGCGAAACUACAAGAGGAGAGGACUGUGCGCAAGAUUUGUGCACUGGAUGAUCAUGUGUGUAUGGCUUUUGCAGGUCUGACAGCCGACGCUCGUAUUGUUAUCAACAGAGCCCGGGUGGAGUGUCAGAGUCACCGGCUCACAGUAGAGGACCCUGUUACUGUGGAGUACAUCACACGACACAUUGCUACGCUCAAACAGCGCUACACGCAGAGUAAUGGACGCAGACCUUUCGGAAUCUCUGCUUUGAUUGUGGGCUUUGACUACGACGGAACUCCGCGGCUGUAUCAAACUGACCCGUCUGGAACGUACCAUGCCUGGAAGGCCAACGCCAUUGGUCGCAGUGCCAAAACUGUCAGGGAAUUUCUGGAGAAGAACUACACAGAUGAAGCCAUCGCCACGGACAAUGAUGCUAUAAAGCUGGCCAUCAAAGCCCUGCUGGAGGUUGUCCAGUCAGGAGGGAAGAACAUUGAGCUGGCAGUGAUCAGAAGGAACCAGCCACUGAAGCUUUUGGAGUCAAAAGAAAUUGAAACACUUGUGGCUGAAAUUGAGAAGGAGAAAGAAGAGGAGGCAGAGAAGAAGAAGCAGAAGAAAUCUACAUAAAUCCAACUAGUCCAUUAAUCUGUACGUUUUGUGUGAGGAUAGGAUAAGUUUCAAUUCAGGGUGAAUACAUCAAAUUCCCUCUGUAUCCAACAAGAGGGCACUCUUGUCUCCAUUUCUUUGGUUUGAAAUACGUAUUUACAUUAGCAACAACCUUUCUGUUGACUUGUUAGCGCAUCAUUAUGCUCACCCGGAACUGAAGCAUAUUUGACUCCACAGAUAAUGCUGUUUAUAAAUUUAAUCUUGAAUAAAAGAUUGUCAUUUGU